AUGUUGGACGAACAUACAAAUUCGACUGGUGUCAGCUGUGAAAGAUUUCGCUGUUCAGCUCGUGGUCUGAUUUUACCAUUCGGUAUCGAAGCAUGCAUGCCAAUUAAGCUACGAGCCACAUUAUAUUUUAUAUUUUUACUUUAUCUUUUUCUUGGGAUUGCUAUCAUUGCCGACAUCUUCAUGUCGUCAAUUGAAACUAUAACAUCGAAACGACGCAAAAUUCGCUAUCCCGAUCCGGGUGAAAAAGACAAAUAUCUAACUGUCGAAGUGCGAACAUGGAACGAUACGGUAGCAAAUUUAACAUUGAUGGCAUUGGGCUCGAGUUCACCUGAAAUUCUUCUAUCAAUCAUUGAAAUUAUCGGUAAUCGUUUCGAGGCGGGAGAACUCGGUCCGGGAACAAUUGUUGGUUCAGCGGCAUACAAUUUACUAAUGAUAUCAGCAUUGUGUAUCUCAUCAAUCAGUGCUACUGAAACCAGGAGAAUCAAGUUGUACAGCGUGUUUAUGAUCACAUCAUUUUUCGGAUUUUUCGCGUAUAUAUGGAUGUUUAUUGUCUUAUCGGUUAUAUCCAAAGAUGUUGUUGAUCUUUGGGAAGCUGUCAUAACAUUUCUCUUGUUUCCGUUGGUUGUCAUUUUAGCAUAUCUGGCUGAGAAGAACUUCUUUGCUUCGAAGAAAAUUGACAUGGACGAAGAGGAACAAACACUUAUAUUAACACCGCCAGAACAUGAUGAGAGUGGAAGUCCACGUAAUUUUCGUAAAGAUGAACUUCUUCAAUUUCUACGUGAUCUCGGUCAAACGACACACUUGUCUCUCGAAGACAAAGCGCAGUUAUUCGCAGCUAAAUUGAGCGAAAGCAUGCAUCGAUCACGUAUGCAAUAUCGUAUUCAAGGUGCUCGUAUGCUUACUGGUGGUAAAUCAUUAUUUCUCAAUCUGCCCGACAAACUGCAAGAGAUUUAUUCGGAAGUACAUAAUCGUGAUUCCAUCGCUGAACAUCGAGCGUCCAUGGCAUCGAAGCUAGGUGACGACGAAGAAGAUACUGAUGCUGAUGAUCCUCGGUCACUAAUUGAAUUCUCGACGACGUCAUAUGCGAUUCUUGAACAUGAACAAAGAGUCACUUUAAAAGUCAAACGAAGAGGCCCGAUUGAUUUUGACGUUCGAUUCAGACUGGAUACUAUCGACGGUACGGCAACAGCUGGUGAAGAUUAUGUAAAAUUAUCUGAAGAAUUUAAAAUGGAACGUGGCCAACAGGAAAAACGCAUUACCAUUCAUGUCAUCGACGAUAAUCAAUGGGAACCAGAUGAAACAUUUUUCGUUAAGAUAUCAUUACCAGAAGGCGAAGAAGCACGAACUAGAUUAGGCUCGAAAACGAUCGCACUUGUAACAAUUAUCAAUGACGAUGAACCGGGUGUGAUCGAGUUUGAAGAACCAAUUACAUUAGUCAAAGAAAGUAUAGGCAAAGCCGAAAUCAAAUUAGUGCGUGUUAAUGGUGCUGACGGUCGUGUCAGCGUACAUUAUCGAACAAAAGACAUCGAUGCCAUUGCCACACGAGACUACGAACCUGCUCAAAGCGAAGUUAUAUUCGAACACGGUGAAAUAUCGAAAAUAAUUGCUAUACCCAUCAUAAAUGAUCUUGAAGCGGAAAAAGAUGAAAGCUUUGCAGUGGAAAUCUAUGACCCCACGGGAGGCGCACAAUUAGGAAAACAUACAAGGACUGUCGUCACCAUUAUCAACGACGAUGAUUACAAGACAAUGGCCAAUCGAAUGGCAUCACUCGUUCAAGUUGACAUGGACAAAUUAAGUGUCACAAAAACCUCUUGGGGACAGCAAUUUCAGGAUGCAAUGAAUGUUAAUGGCGGUGAUUUAGAAACAGCAAAAUUCGGUCACUAUGUUGGUCAUGCACUGUCAUUUUUUUGGAAGGUACUCUUCGCUUUUGUUCCUCCAACAGCCAUGGCUGGUGGCUGGCUGACAUUCUUUGUCUCGCUCUUCUUCAUCGCUCUUCUAACAGCUGUUGUCGGCGAUGUUGCUGCAAUAUUCGGUUGUUUAGUUGGAUUAAAAGACAGUAUUACAGCUAUAUCUUUUGUUGCUCUCGGAACAUCUUUACCGGAUACGUUUGCAUCGAUGAUUGCAGCGAAAAAUUCGAAAACAGCUGAUGAUGCUAUUGGUAAUGUCACUGGAUCAAAUAGUGUCAAUGUGUUUCUCGGUCUUGGACUUCCAUGGCUCGUUGCCGCUAUCUACUGGGAGUCAAAAAAUCUACCAUUUACAGUUAAAGCCGGCGAUCUCUCAUUUAGUGUAUUAGUCUUCUCUAUAUGUUGUGUUCUUGGUAUGCUUGUACUUAUUUUACGAAGGUAUCUAAGUGUUUUUGGCAAGGCAGAACUUGGUGGACCAGCAAUACCAAAAUAUCUAUGUUCCGUCUUUUUUGUUCUACUUUGGAUUGUCUACCUUGCACUAUCAAGUCUUCAGGCUUAUGGAUAUAUCAAAUGGCAGAGUUAA